AUGUUUCGUGCAAGUGCUAGGGAAAGAAAGGAAUAUUUAUACAGAAAGAGCCAAGAAUUCAAAAAUGAGGAGUUAAAACUAGCCCGUGAACUUAAACAAGCGCUCAAGGAUAACAAACCAAUCCCCAGUCACCUACGCAAUAAAAGCGGAGAAGUACUUUCAUCCCUAGAUCUGCUAGAUGACAAGAUUAGGGAGGCUGUAUCGCAUAUAGAUGAUGAAUAUACAUAUGCAGGCGAACCUAAGGUUCUAAUUACCACCAGUAGGGAUCCUUCGUCUAGAUUACUUCAAUUCGUUAAGGAAUUGAGGCUGAUGAUACCAAAUUCUGAACGGUUAAAUAGGGGUUCAUAUAUACUAAAGGAUCUGAUAUUUUUUGCAAAGGCUAAACAGAUUUCUGAUGUAGUCCUAGUUCAUGAGCAUAGAGGCCAACCGGAUGCCAUGAUUGUAUCGCAUUUACCCAGUGGUCCAACAGCUUAUUUCCAAUUAAGCGAUGUGAAACUGAGACAUGAUUUACCGGAAAAACCACCAACAUUAUCUGAGGCGUAUCCACAUUUGAUCUUUCACAACUUUACCACCAAACUUGGAUUGCGUGUUAGGGAUAUAUUACGGUAUUUGUUCCCUCCGGCAAACAUGCAAGAGACACGAGUACUAUCAUUUAUCAAUGAAAGGGACAUAAUACACUUUCGACAUCAUGUAUGGAACAGCAAGGAGAAUAAUGUCUUGUAUGAACUUGGACCAAGAUUUUCGCUGAGGAUAUUUAGAAUAGACUUAGGGACCAUGGAUAUGAAAUCUGUGGAGACUGAAUGGGCUUAUAGAUCCUUUAUUAAUAAGCAAGCUGAUGCAUUAUAA